GGGAGUCGCGGGGGAAGUCGGGAAACUCGUGAAGGGGCGGGCCUAAAGCAACAUCCCGCCCCGGGGCGUGGCGUGAUGCCAAACACCGCCCACUCAGCCCUUACUGGCCCUGCCCACGGAGGUCUUCGCUGCUCGCCGCAGCCGAGAUUGACGAGAAUCCGGGCGCCUUGUGAGCGUGCGCGCGCCCGAGUGUGUGCGACGUCUGCGUCUGCUCUCGCGGGCUAGGUGAGGGGCGACUGGCUUUGGGGAACGGGAACCGCAAGCGGCAAGAAGAGAAGAGAACAGGUUGGGGCGCGGCACGCGGACCUAAUUCCUCAAUCCUACUGCAAAAGCCUAGACAAGGCUCGCAACGCGACCCUUUUUGAUCUGCUAGAAACCCUUUUUCCAUUGUCUUCUGGCCCCGCCCUCCAUUGGGCACGCUCUUUGCUAGCCUUGGCCGCUUAUUGGCUGUAGGUCACGCCCCUCGUGGAUCUCUCCGUCCCCAUUGGCUCUUCAUCCACGUUAACCUCUCCCAGGGGUUUCUUAUUGGUGCAGGCCACACCCUCUUGUCACCAGGCCCCGCCUUCUGUCGUCGGGGCUCCUCCCCCACCCAGCAUUCAUUCAUUCUGCAUCUAUUACUGGGUGCUUGGGAUAUAAGGAGGUCAACAGUGUGGGGAUUUGGAGCAACCAGCUGGAUGUGACCUCCAGGACAGAAUGGUGCUGGACUCGGGAGCUCAGGUGUAUGAACAGGCACCUCCCAGCCCACCUGCCAGUUCCCUGUCCCUGCACCGUAGGCUGAAGCCGCCCAACCGAGAUGGGCCACCCUUGUACCCCUGGCCUCAGUCCCUGGCUCUGGCAGUCCCCUCAGUGCUGCAGCCCCAGCCUGAGCAGCAGCCCUUCUCAAAGCUGCACUUGGGCCACCGUGGCCACAUGCGUCGAAGUGAGAGCACUUACUCUGUAAAUAGUACUGGUCAGCGGAGGCGUGGCACACAGGGUCGUGCCCCACCUGGACAGGGACGGGACCCAGGUGGUGGCACCUUGCGAUCUGCAGCCUCCCUGCCCCACAUUGCUAAGACUCAAAAGAAUGUAGGCAGUGGUAUUGGCAAGAGCCCCUGUAUGUUGGUGGCCCUGAGGCCAACCAACAUGGACCGUGAACGGGACAAGUUCUUCCAGUCCCAUUAUACCUACAAUCCACAGUUUGAGUACCAGGAGCCCAUGCCUACAACUGUGCUGGAGAAGUACUGUGAGGCCUCUGGACAGUUCAUCCAUCAGGCAGUUGGCAUCAUUGAGGCUGUCCUGGAGAAAUUUGGCACCUACGAACACUUUGAGGCUGCCACCGGCGGCCAGCUUCUGACCAAGUGCCAGAUUUGGUCCACUGUACGCAAAUACAUGCAGAAGGAGGGCUGCGUUGGGGAGAUUGUGGUGCAGCUGAGUGAGGACCUGCUGUCCCAGGCAGUAAUGAUGGUGGAAAACAGCCGACCCACACUGGCCAUCAACCUGACGGGAGCCCGCCAGUACUGGCUGGAGGGCAUGCUGCGGCAUGAAAUAGGCACCCACUACCUGCGGGGUGUGAAUAAUGCGCAGCAGCCUUGGCACAGCACUGAGGGCCGGCUGCAGUAUGGGCUGCGGCCAGCCAACCCCACCGAGGAGGGCCUGGCCAGCUUGCACAGCGUGCUGUUCCGCAAGCAGCCUUUCCUGUGGCGCGCAGCCCUGCUGUACUACACUAUUCAUCGUGCCGCACACAUGUCCUUCCGCCAGCUCUUCCAAGACCUGGCAAGCUACGUGCAGGACGCCAACGUGCGCUGGGAGUACUGCGUGCGCGCCAAGCGUGGCCAGACCGACACUUCCAAGCCAGGCUGUUUCAGCAAGGACCAAGUGUACCUGGAUGGCAUCGUGCGCAUUCUGCGACACCGCCAGACCAUUGAUUUCCCACUGCUGACCUCGCUGGGCAAGGUCUCCUAUGAGGAUGUGGAUCAUUUGAGGCCCUAUGGGGUACUGGAUAAUACCCGCAUACCCCACUUCAUGCAGGACUUAGAACGCUACCAGCAGCAACUGGAACACAUCAUGGCCACCAACCGUCUUGAUGAAGCAGAGCUGGGCCGCCUGCUGCCUGACUGAUGUUGGUUAACAGCUACAGGCAGAAGCCCUAGACAAAGACCUUCAGAUCGGCCCCCAGAACAUGAAGCUGUCCUCUUUGUGCUGCCACAGCCUAGGUGUUUCUUGGGGGCAUGGGAGGCCAGGAGCAUCCUGGAAGGACAAGCAGCAAUAUCAGAAGGUUUUUGUCCCUUGCUAGCACUCCUGAGGCCUAUGGACUAGCAGCAGCAUGUCAGGAAAACUGUUGAACAGAGGGGAGGUCUAGGAACAAGAGGGGAGAUGACAUUGAUGGGGAUUUGGGGUGGUUUGGGCAUAGAAACUUGUUCUUGCAUGAGAUGGCUUUGGGUAUUCAGUACUGCA